CAGAAGAAACUUAUGGAAGAAUGAAGGAGAUGGUGGGCGGCUGCUGCGUUUGUUCCGACGAGCGGGGCUGGACCGAGAACCCCCUGGUGUACUGCGACGGGCAUGGCUGUAACGUGGCGGUGCAUCAAGCCUGCUAUGGAAUCGUCCAGGUUCCCACUGGGCCGUGGUUCUGUCGAAAAUGUGAAUCUCAAGAAAGGGCCGCCAGGGUGAGAUGUGAGCUGUGUCCCCAUAAAGAUGGAGCGCUGAAGCGGACCGACAAUGGAGGCUGGGCCCACGUCGUCUGUGCUCUGUACAUCCCCGAGGUGCAGUUUGCAAACGUCCUCACCAUGGAGCCGAUUGUCCUCCAGUACGUGCCCCACGACCGGUUCAAUAAGAUCUGCUACAUCUGCGAGGAGCAAGGCCGGGAGAGCAAAGCAGCCUCUGGAGCCUGCAUGACCUGCAACCGACACGGCUGUCGUCAAGCCUUCCAUGUCACCUGUGCUCAGAUGGCCGGGCUCUUGUGCGAAGAAGAAGUCUUAGAAGUCGACAAUGUGAAAUACUGCGGCUAUUGCAAGUACCACUUCAAUAAAAUGAAGACAUCACGCCAUUCCGGAGGGGGUUCGUUCAUAGCGGGAAGGAGAAGCCGGUCGACAUCACCUGCCCAAGAGAAGCACGUGUCUCACCAUGAGAAACCAAAGAAGAGCCGGAAGGACAAGGAAAGACCGAAACAGAAGCACAAGAAGCGUUCGGAAUCACCCACCAGUCUGACACUGUCCUCCGUGCCUGUUACCACUGAAAAGAGCUCCACCAACCACCACGAGACCAGUAAAGAAACCUCCGAGGUCAUCAGGUCAGAGGUGAAAGGCAAAAAGUCUUCGAGCCAUGGCACAAGCCACAAGGCCAAGAAGUCGGGCAGUGGGAAAAGCUCGACUGGUUUCAGCUCGUCCUCUUCUAGUGGCUCAUUCCCGUCUGCAGGUACUUCGUGCAGCUCCUUGCCCUUCUCCCAGGACUUUGUGACCUUCCCGAAGCUUGAGCAGCCGCCCCAGCCACCGCCACCACCUGAGGAGGAGAAAUAUCGUAAGCCCGCCUCUUCCUCUUCCUCCUCCGCCCAUUGCUCCCCAUUGUACGAAGGGCAGAAAGGCGACGUCUUUGAGCAGAAAGUGAUCUUCUCGGGCUUUGGCUCCAUCAUGCGCUUCUCCACGACGGCCGUCAGCCAGCAGAGGGGCCGCGAUGCUUCCCCUGUGGACUACAAAGCCUCGAACCCCAUUGUCAGCCCUCCGGGGGGCGGGGGCACCAGUGGUGGUGGCAGCAACCACAAGCGGAUGCCAUCCCUCAAUGUGGAAGAGGGCGAAGUCUUGAAGGAAAAGAAGCACAAGGCCAGUAAGAAAAACAAGCACGGGCCAGGGAGGCCGAAAGGGAGCAAGAACAAGGAAGUCCCAGGGGCCCAGCUGGUUGGGUCCACAGCGACCUCCUCUUCUCCCUUCUCCGGAGGGUCACUGGUCAGUUCUAGCAUCGGUGGGUCCUCCUCACGCUCCUUCAGCCAUGCCGCAAGCCUUCCGAGCCUCAGUCUGGAAUCCCCGCUUCUGGGAUCGGGGAUCUACACGAGCAACAAGGACCCCAUUUCGCACGGGGGUGGGGUGCUCCGGACUGUGUGCAGCACCCCCCUCUCCUCCAGCCUCCUGGCUCACCAAGGCACGUCGUCACUCCCUCAACUCACCCGCUCACCCUUUGCUAGCACCAUUCCAGCAGCCUCCUCUUCCUCUGUCUCCACAACCCAGGUGUUCUCGCUGGCGGGAUCUACAUUUAGCCUCCCCUCGUCCCACAUUUUUGGAAGCCCCCUCACCUCUGGGCUGUCCAUCAACCCCUUGCUGAACCAAACAGAGAACAACCAGACAGAACCAGACAUCGAAGACUGCAAUUUUGCCUGCCGAGGCUCAUCACCCCAAGAGAGUCUUUCUUCCAUCUCCCCCAUCAGCAGCCUCCCUACCCUCUUCGAUCAGACCGUGUCGGCCAGCAGUGGGGCUCUGGAGAAUGUCCCUCAGGCAACCCCGAACAUUGAGCAGCUCCUGGAGAAACAGGGCAACGGGGAGGCUGGCGUAAACAUUGUAGAAAUGCUCAAGGCCCUCCAUUCGCUGCAGAAAGAGAACCAGCGACUCCAGGAGCAGAUCAUGACUCUGGCAGCAAAGAAGGAGCGCCUGCAGCUCCUGAACGUGCAGCUCUCUGUCCCCUUCCCUGUGGUGACCCCCAGCAACGGCCCCACCGGUCAGGCCCAGUAUAUCCUGGCCCCCCACGCAUGCAACAGCGACUCUCUGAGCGCCAGCAAGAGCCCCCCCUGCAAGAACAGCUUUGGCAUCGAAAACUCACUCUCCACUUCUUCCGAGGAUCCUCAUUCGGGCUGUCCCAGCCGAAGCAGCUCUUCCCUGUCCUUCCACAGCACUCCGCCCCCCCUGCCCUUGUUACAGCAGAGCCCCGCCUCCCUCUCGCUGACCGCCGGGGUGCAGCAGCAGCCACCAGUGAACGGCUUGGCCAGGGCUGUGGGGACCGCCCACGGAGGAGGAGGCGCCCCGGCCAAUCACAGCCUGGUGGAAGGUCUCCUUGGGAGCCUGACUGGAGGGCAGCAGAUCCCUGUCAACGGUAUCCUUGGAGGCUUGAACGGAGCGAUGGCGGCGCAGGCGCAGAAUCCCCUCCUGGCACAGACCAGCGGUCCCCAAACCCUGCAGCUCUCCACCAACCAAAACAGCAUCAGCCACCUGGCGGAGCAUCAGCGGCAGCUCCUCAGCCAGCACGAGCUCCAGCUCCAGCAACUGCAGCAGCUCCUCACGUCGCAGCCCCUCAACCCGGAACAGCAGGCCUUGGUGUUCCAGAUGAUCCAGCAGAUCCAGCAGAAAAGGGAACUGCAGCGGCUCCAGAUGACGGGUUCCUCUCAGCUGCCCUUGGCCGGCCUCUUGCCAGCUACCUCCACGUCCCUCCUCCACUCCAACAGUGCCGCUCCGUCAGCUGCCAGCAGUACCCUGCUGGCCUCCAUCUCCCCUCAGCAGCUCAAUCCAGCCAGUUCCUUGAUGGCUUCCCCACCACUCAGCACCCCCGGCAACAGCCUGAUGUCCGCACAGACAAACCCUUUCCUCAGCCUGCAGGGUGAAAGCAGCGGUCAGAAGGGACUGAGCAUGAAUGAAAAGGGAGGUGGCCCCGUUCAGGACAAGGGCUAAUUUCGGCAAUCCCAGGGGCUUCUUUCUGCCAUAGGAAAAGAGUCUCUCCUUGAGCCACGGAUCAUGAAACGUAGAGUGACCACACGCACGUCUUCUGAGCAAGUCUUUGGUGUGGUGUGGCGUGGCAGUGCUGAGCAGAGGCGUGUUCGGCAUCUGUUGUUCCCUGGUUCUGCACCUCGCUGUUCCAGCCCCUCCCGAAGAAGGCAGGCGAAGGAAACAUUCUCUCUCACGCCCUUCGCUGGCUUCCUCCAGAACGCUCCGCACUUGUUUCAAAAGAAGUUGCACUUCAGGGGAGAGAGGACAAAGGAGCCUGCCACAUCCUCAGAUGCCCACGGAUCGACCUUCGAGGGGGAGAUCUGCUAGCUGGACGGUGGCCGCAUUACCCUGGCGGUAAUGUUAGCUUUGCGGAGCGCGGCAUUUCCAAGCCGAGGCUAAGAAAUCCAGCAAGCUGCUCGGAAGCGGGGAAAGUCCAGCCUCAGCGAAGUGGAAGGGGGUGGAGCUCUUCAAGGCUCAUUUACAUACGAAAGCAAGGCUAGAAAGGGUUUUGUUGGAGCCCCAUGAGAAGCCUGCGUCCAGACUUUCACUUCUUCAGGGUCUUUGGCGUGCACUUGGAUACAGCUUUGGUGAAUUUUACUAGGGCACGGUCCUGUUUGGGGUGGAGUCGGGGACCCAGUCUUGGUAUGGCUAAGAACCGUCACGUUGGUUCUCCCAAAACACCCCCCCCCAACCACUGCAAGGUUCUCAUUUCAGAAUCAGCCCAAAGGAAAUCCUCCUUAGCUUCUAUUUUGAGUAGGACUUUGCCACUUCCUUCAGGCGUCUUGGGUAAAACAGCCUGUGGUUUUCAGAAGGCCAGUACCAAUUCCUUACCUGUGCUUACCUUCAGGACGUUUUUUCCAGCCCCUCAAAAGGUUCUUUUCCUUCUCCAAUGGACCAGCUGCUUAAAAACCAACACCAAAGAGGCAGGAUGAGGACUUGGUCUAAAGGCAGGAGCUGUUCCUUCCGUCUCCAAAGCAACUCCGUUCUAGUAAAGAACAUCCUCCAACCCCUACUGAUGGUGCUGGGCUAAUUCAGGUCCUGAGAGCGUUGGUCUUCCCAUCACGGCAAGCCCUGCCUGGCCUAUCUCUGAUUUGUAAUUUGUUGUCUCAGAAAAUUCAGAAGUUCCUUGAAGGAUGGGAUGAAAGGAAAUGGAAAUCAAGAUCAACUGUGGGGAGGAGAAAUCCAGCUCUCUUAAAUGUAGAGUUAGUCUCUGGGUCACCAGAUGCCCAGGGUCUUAAAAAUCUUUCAUGCCUUGAUGGAUAUACAGUCAGUGUAGGCACAUCCCCACCACCCCCUCCAAUUUGCACUACUCCAAUACAUCGGUGGUGAGCGUGUGCCGAUACAGCCGAGAAUGACCACUGCUCUUCACAUUCAUCUUGUUUUGGUGUGUGUUUGCUUUUCGGUUUUCCUCC